AUGAAUGACGAAGACAACUUGAAGAAAGAUGGUAUGAAGUAUCAAGUUACGUUUGAACAAGGUACAUCGAAUGAAAUUAGCCUCGUUGAUCAUUGGUACAGUGCAGAGACAUAUGAAAGAGCGUUUAAACAAGCUGGAUUUAAGUUAUUUGAAUGGAUACCUGUUCAAUUAGGUGAACAUAAAGAGGAAGAGUAUUUAAUUGAUUCAGUUGACAGCAACGGUGUUAUUGGAUUUUAG